GAAUAUGAAAUUUUUUUUCAAAUUGAACGGCAAACUUCAUCAAAACGACAUCAUGGAUAUUUUUACUUUCACUCCAGGUUACAUGAGAAUGAGAAGAAAAUGUUUACAAUCAGUAUAUCAGCACCUCAUAGUGUCUACUCUCUGAUGUAAAGUUAUUGGUUAAUUUAUCAUAACGGUAGAACUUGUCAAAUUGAUGUGGGUUACUAUCAUUUAGUUCUUCAGGUGUCAUGAAUUUUCAAUGCAUUUUAAUGGUGAUGAGUUUAAUGAUGAUUACACAAUCUUCAGCCACGCCGAUAUGGAAUUUAAUUCAUGAUACAUUGCAGUAUAAUGUAGCUGGCAUACCACUUCUUCACGAGCACACAGAAUGGGAUUUUGAUCCAGAACAAGGAAAAGCACGUAGAGCUCAAUAUGAAGCUUUAAACGGACCACGAGGACGAGAUUUAAUUGCAAGAUUAGGUACGGGAAUGAACUUUGAUGGUCCAUGGGGUGUAAAGGUUGCAAAAGCCAAACCUGAUCUACGAUAUAAUCCAUAGGAAAAAUGUUAUACACAUUCAAGUACUUUAUAGUAUAAAAUAGUAAAUAAAAAGAUGAUGAAAAUUUGAA